UUUGUUUUUUUGUCUUUUUUUUUUUCUUCUCUAAGUUAGACUCAACCCUUGAGCUACAUAUCAAGUUGGAUGCCCUGUGGAAAUAGAAAAACGAAGGUUUUUUCCCCUUUAAAAAAGAAAAACCAAUAUGCUGGAACUAGGUUUGAAGCUCCUUGUUCUAUCAUCAAUUUAGAAGAACACAGUUGCUAAAAGCUCAAGAACAUAGAAGUGUGUAUCAGUGCUUAUGCCUGCAGACAAACAUGAUGAGAGACAUAAUAUGAUUAAAAAUUCUAAAGAAGAGAAUUCACCACCUCCAAAACUAGCAGCAGGUUCAUCAAGCUCAUCCGCGACGCCAUGGCUUAGGUUGAAGGAUCCAAGGAUUGUGCGCGUGUCGCGAGCUUUCGGAGGCAAAGAUCGACACAGCAAAGUUUGUACCAUAAGAGGGCUGCGCGACAGGCGUGUAAGACUAUCAGUUUCCACCGCAAUUCAACUCUAUGAUCUUCAAGACAGGCUGGGGCUUAAUCAGCCGAGCAAGGUCGUCGACUGGUUGCUGAACGCCGCCAAGGAUGAAAUCGAUGAACUCCCUCCAUUACCAAUCCCGUCCGCAAGCCUCGGCCUUCACUACCAAUCUAUGCUAUCACCAACAACAACAGUCGUACACCCCCAUAGAUCGGAGUUCAAAAUCAUCGACAAGGCCGGGGUCGAGGACGAGACCAAACAAAAACAACACAAAUCCAAUAGCAAUCCUUCUCACCCUAAUUCUUCUUUCUCAGCCCUUUUGAAUAAUGUUUCUGCCCCUCCAUUUGGGUUUUAUUGGGAUCCUAAUCCCCCGUCAUCAUCAUCAUCAACAACAAACAAUAAUCUUCCAUUUCUUACAUCUCAAGCUGGGGAUAAUAAUAAUAACAAUAACCUUCAUACCUUCAAUCAUCUCAAUCUGUCUUUGCCUCCUUCCCCUUUGUCUCUUUCAACUGCCUCUCCGUUUUUGGAGUUCAGUCAAUUGCACCAAAAUUUCUUCAUUAACAACAACAACAAUAAUAAUCCUUCUUUCCAUCCAAAUGUUAGGCCUUUUCACUUUAGUAUGGCUACUAAAUUCCUUUCUCAUCAAGACAAGAAUAAUAACAAUGUAGAUCCUACAAGUAAGGAUCAUGGAUUUGCUUCUCAUCAAUGAUUUUCUAUGAAAACAACCGAGAACUACCUCUUUGAGCUUCCAACAGUUAGAGGAGAGAGAACCAUGGCAAGAACUACUACAUUCGAAAUUAAAGGUAUUAUACUCUUGCUAAUUCUUAAAGGGGGGAAAAUCUCCCAUAUUUCAUUACAACAAUAUCUAUCAUCAUCACAUAUUAUAUAUUUGAACACUCGAAUUGCUAGUUUGAUUUCUUUUCUUUUUGUU